CUGUAAGACGCUACCUUCCCCUGUAAUUUUUCUUUCCUUUUCUCUCUCAGUUUCGCUUCCGCCACAGUGGAAAGGAAGAGAAAGAGAAGAUGAUGUUGAAAAGAUUAGGGUUUUGAUUACAGGAGGGUAUUCGUUUUUUUUUUUUUGGUUUUACAUCGUAAUUUUGGUUUUGCUUUUUUUCUCAGAUCUACGAUGGCUUCGUCAUCGUAUUGGUGUUACAGAUGCAAUAGAUCUGUAAGAAUUUGGAACCAGGAUUCGAUUUCAUGCCCGGACUGCAAUAGUGGAUUCAUUGAGGAGAUCGAAAACCCACCACGCGCCAUACUUGGUGGUGCCCGUGGCAGCGGGAGGUUUCCGGUGGCCGGGAUGUAUAUGAUCAAUAGUCCAGAUCAGAUCGGCUCCCCAUCCGCCGUCUACCGUCGUAGCCGCCGCCAUGGUGGUGAUCGAUCCCACUUCAAUCCUGUCAUCGUCCUUCGUGGCGCCAGUGGAGGAUCCAAUGAUGGUCACAGAGAAAAUCCAAUUACUUCCGGUGAACAUGGUCGGGGUUUUGAAGUCUAUUACGACGAUGGAGGUGGAUCGGGACUGAGGCCCUUGCCUCCUAGUAUGUCGGAGUUGCUGUUGGGCUCGGGUUUCGAUCGGCUCAUAGACCAAUUAUCAAUGAUAGAGAUCAAUGGUAGCAGAUACGAGCACCCUCCGGCAUCGAAGGCGGCCGUCGAGUCAAUGCCCACCGUGGAGAUCGAAGAGACUCACGUGGCGACUGAAUUGUUCUGUGCAGUUUGCAAGGAACCAUUCGAAUUGGGAUCAGAAGCACGAGAAAUGCCCUGUAAGCAUUUAUACCAUUCUGGCUGUAUACUUCCCUGGCUCUCAAUGCGAAAUUCCUGCCCCGUCUGCCGGCAUGAACUGCCCGCCGAUUCAGGGGAAAACGGAGGACAUGAACACAGUCCUGGUUCAGAAGAGGCUGUAGGGUUGACCAUAUGGAGGUUACCUGGCGGGGGAUUCGCAGUGGGCAGGUUCUCCGGAGGAAGGAGAGGGAGCGAGAGAGAGCUUCCAGUUGUGUAUACAGAGAUGGAUGGUGGGUUCAGCAAUGGGGGAUUGCCAAGAAGGGUGUCGUGGGGGUCUAGAGGGAGCAGAGGGAGGGGGAAUGAGGGAUUGUUUGGAAGAGUAUUCCGCAAUCUGUUUGCUUGUUUUGGUGGUGGGUCUGGCGUGGGAUCCUCAACAAUGAGGAGGAGAAGUUCUCUUUUUGUUUUCAGCGAAUCCUCCAGGCAGAGACGAGGAUGGGCUGGAUAGGUGGACAGUGGAAGGAGGAGAUUGUAAUGGAAUGGAGAAUUCAACUUCAGGACAUCCUCAAGCCAAGGUUUUUAGUCAAUCUGUAAAUAUUAUGACAGAUUCAGGUUUCCCAACUUGCAAUCUUUCAAAAACUUCGAAAAUUGAUUGUUCUGAACUGGGGAUUGUUCGUCAAUAAGUAAGAAGUAACAAAAACGGGUCCUCAAGAGGUUAGUCAGUCCAUGGUACCUGUGCCAAGUUUCUUCCAUGGAUCUUUUAGGGAGCCUGCAGUUUUAUCUUUAUUGUAGCUUUCUUCAUUUUCUUGUAAUUUGUAGUUUAUGUUGAAUUUGAUUCUUUUUCCACAAAGAAAUCUAGUACAAAUUCUAUUUAGUAUUUUAUCAGAUUCUUGAAGCACUGUCUUCAUGAAUUGUGAAAUUGCGUAAUCCCUUAGAUCAGAUCAUUUCAUUUUCUUUGUGUUGUAUUUUGGGAUUGAAUAUUUUGACUC